AUGGCCCAGCUACCUUCUGAUUCGAGCACGUCCAUCGAGUCUCCUCAAUCCACUUCCCUUAUGUCGGAAGCUCUCACCAAUUUGAUCUUCUCCUCUCGCCUCGAACAACGCCUCCGAUCACAGCUCCUCCAGCUCACGAACCGUUUCCUCUCGCUCUGCAAUGAUGGCCCUCCUGUCGUUGUGUCGUCCCGCUUCCCCGGUGCCAAGUUCCAUUCGCGCGACGAAAGCUACUUCUUGAGCUCAGGAGCCGAGUACUACAUCAUAUCUGAAGACUUCUGGAGCAAGAUCGACGGAUCACCCUCACAAGACAGGAUGUUUGCUGGCGAGAUGACAGUGGAAAGCGAUCCUAUGCAGCUCGGUGCUUUGACGUACAACUGUUGUGUUGAUGCUGCGUACGUACACUGGGAAUUUCUCCACGAGAUGUUCAAGAAAGAUCCGGAGAUGAAGAGAGUGGAAUGGGCACGCGUCCCCGUCCGACCGCGCAUUGUCUUCUUUUGGGAGAACAAAAUAGGCGACGAGACACGCUACCUGCACGAUAUCAUCAUCAUUGUUGCAUCAAAUGGGGCAAGAUUCGUCUUCGACCCCACCGGGUACCAAUUCGGCUUUGGGGGCUAUGUCCAUAAGUGGGAGACGUACAAGAAGCAGUUUAUUGAUAAAGAAGGUGAGAGUCUUCGAGCAAGCGUGGGGACGGGGAGGAGCGUUAAUCCUCAGGCUGCAAUGGCCUCUUAUCGUGGCUCAAUGCAGGCGGCUCGGGAGGAGCUCAUGAGAAGACUUUCUGAGGGUACGUCCCUGCUCUGA